UCACGCUCAGCUAACUUGUUAAGAACCCUAUUGAACCUUGCAAGCACAUGUCCUUUGCGUUAGACGACCGACGACAACAUGCAGACACGAUUGAUGCCAUGACAGCCAACUCAAAAGCGAAAUUUUCCUCGGUCUCGGACAUCAUUGGUGCUCUGCAAAACAUCCUCGCUCAUUCACAAAUAAUUGUAUGUCAAUUGAGUUUAAUACAUGUAUCGAUGUCAUUGAUUCACGAUAACAAGAUACCAGAUUUCGAAACCUGGUAUCCUGUAGUUAGCAGUACGAACUACUCUGCCUUCAAGCUCGAUUACCAGGUCAUCAAUACUAUCAUUACCGAACACCACCAGCAUCAAUUGGAUGCAGUAUCCCACGAAAUCUCACAUUUUGAAACGGUCAUAGAUGGUAUCAAUCAUAUUCACCAGCAACUGGUCGCGAAGAAAGACAAGAUCAUUCAAUCCAUGAAUUUGCACAAGCGACUUAUAUCAGCUCUCUGGCACUUGCCAACCGAAGUCCUAUCCCAGAUUUUUGCUCACUGCCUCCCGAUUGAGCACCGCUUGUCGCCCGCGUCAAAGGCAGUUCCUAUGGUGUUGACAAGAAUAUGUCGACGAUGGAGGGAGGUUGCUGUGAAUAUGCCCAGUUUGUGGCAAAGACUGUACGUGGGCGAAGACUGGCAGCAGGCAGCUUUCUGCUAUGAGUCAUGGCUCAAGCGAUCACGAGGGCGUCCGCUCUCGUUGGAACUCCAAUGUCACAAAAAUAAUUGGACCGAACUCCGAAGCCUUCUUCAGCCCUACAUAAAUCAAGUCUCAUCUCUGUCUCUUGAUUUUUACCAAAACGUCCCCCAACUUGAGGUUACGAUAUCAGACUUCCUCGCACUUGAGGAGUUGACCAUAUCAUUGGAUUGGUCUGAUUCUGCGGCUUGCGUCGUCCAAUCUAUCUCGCAACCGCCGUGCACUUUACGCAGUCUCACGGUAAGAGGAGUGUUCUUCAACAUGGAGUACUCAUCUACCUUCAAUCCUGCCUGGGCCCGCCUCACAAAUAUCCAGAUUGACCUAGACGACCCAAGUGCAUUUCCCCAAUUGCUCCGUUUAUGCCCCAGCCUCUCCUCCUUGACGAUAUCUACAUCUUUUGCCGCCAUGAAGGCCCUGGAGCCAUUCACGCACACCCAACUCCAAUCCUUACGGAUUAAUUCCAACGAUCUUUACGACGACGACGCAGAGUAUCUUAACCUAUUCGAUACCCUCUCACUCCCCAAUCUGCGCGCUCUCGAAGUUUUCGAUAUAUACUCGUGGCCUCAUGAGGAAUUCAAGGCGUUUUUGACGCGGUCAAAGUGUCCCCUGGAGAGCCUGACUUCCGACUUCGAAAUGUCGAUAACAGAUGAGCAGCGAGCGGAAUACGUUGCCCUUAUUCCUUCUCUCCAAAGUACUAGUACUUAGUGAUAAGGAUUACUCCUUGCAUUAGAGGUUGCUUUGCGUAAACAGAUUUGUUACGGAUUUGCGAAAUGACAAUAUUCAGCUUCAGACGGAAUCAGACCUACACCGUUAUGAUCUAUGUAUUCUACGCGACUGAUUUAAACUCAAA